AUGCUCGACGCCGAUACCGCCGUCUUGGAGAAGAGGCUCCAGAGAGACCGCAGCUCUCCUUCGUCGUACAGCGCCUCGUCUCGUUCGAGUGCUGGGCGCGGCGUCUUCCCGCCAGAGGACAAGACACCCGCUCUCCCAAAAGCCGCCGAAGUAUCAAAACCUGCGCCCUUGACUCCGAAGGCUGCAGAGCCAAAGACGCAAAGUUUUGCCGACUCCACCAAACCGGCCGCCCCCUCCACAUCCGCUGUCACUCUUCAAAAGCCGCCGGAGAGCUCCACUCCGCCUGUGACGUCUCCCAAGCCACAGACCCAGCCAGAGCCUUUGAAGAAGGUGGAUGUGACCCCGCCGCUUGUCCUGUCCACUGUCUCAAAGGCGCUGGGCAGCAAUGCGGGCAUCGUGUCGUCUGCAUCGUUUGACAGCUUAUCUGCUGACCCGACGGUGGUCCUUGAAGUGUCAAAGGCCUUCCAUCGCUUGCCAGACGCUGAACAGAGAAAGAUUGCGGACACAGCGUUGAAGGCAACUCGUCCGCUCGGCUACGAACGUGUGUCGUUCAUUGAAGCGGGCACGGGCAUGGAAGUUGCUCACGCCGGCAUCGACAUCGACCUUGAAGAUGAGGAGGAGAAUCUCAGGGCGCAAUUGGCAGCCACGCGGAAGCAGGGCGACAAAUUGGCGUCAGCAAACACAAACCAAGAAGCUGAGAUUGACACCUUGAAGACGCGUCUCGACGAAGAGCGAGAUGAAUUCGUGGCAAAGCGCAUUGAGCUAGAACGGCAAAUCAAGAACAUGCAGCAGGAGAACGGCGGGCUUCUUGCGGAUCUCGCCGAGGCGAAAGAAGAAAUCUCAAAGAUGCCGGACCGUCUAGCACUUGAAGAGAGGACGGUGGAGGCAGAGAAGAAGUCUGAGAAGCUGACGGAUACCGUCGAAAUGCUAAGCAAGCAAUUGACAGUUGCUCGCGACGACGAGGCACGCGCCAAGCAGGUUGAACAGGAGUCAUUGCAGGCGGUCAAGCAAGCUGAGAAGGUGAAGUCGGACGCUCUCGCAUCGGUGGCCGGGGAAAUUGAACAGGCUAAAGACAAUGCAAAUCGCAAGGCUACACAAGAUAUCGCUGAGGCCAGACAAGAUGCUCAGACGGCAAUGGAGGCUUCCAACAAGCGAGUGAGUGAGAUUGAAAAUUCAGCUGCAGUUGCACAAAGGGAGUCAGGCAAGCAUCUCGAGGACACGACACGAUCGUAUGAGCAGCGACUGCAGGAGGAGCAAAAAGCAAAGAGCGUGGAGGUCAAGUCGAUUCAGGACAAAUACGAGGGGCUGCUUGUAGACAUGCAAAAGAAGGCAAGUGCCGAACUAGAGGCGUUCCAGAAGGAAGCAGACAAGCGGAUGGAGGCAUCCAUGAAGGAGGCAAACGCACGGUUGAGCAGCAUGACAAAGGAGAGGGACCAGGCCGCCAAGGAGACAGCCAAGGUUGAGUCGCGACUGGAAAAGGACUCGAUGAAAGCGGCUAGGGAACGAGACGGGCUCAAGGCUAAGAUUGCAAAGCUCGAGGCGAAGUUGAAGGGCGACACUACGGCGCAACCGAAAACGGAGGUCGAAGUGAAGGAAGAAGCAAACGUGGGCAAGUAGGAUGUGGCAGUUGCAACAAACUUGCAUAGAUGCAUGCUGCUUAUGGGUUGUCUACAGAGGCAACUGCGUGUCCGCGUCCUUGCGUUUUGGGUUAACGCGGCACAGAGCGAACGAAGCUCAGGUCGGACACGACUGUACAGGGUUUAAAAUAUAUUGCCAUUAAGUAAAGCUAGAGAUUGAGAAGGGGCAAUCCUCAUCGCGCGCUGUGUACCAUCUCGCUAUGUACCAUCUCGCUAUGUAC